AUGGCAGGGAAUAGUACGGUUGCAAAGCUCUGUUAUGGACUGUUGUUUGGGGUGCAGUUGGUGGCCGCGCUCUCGAGACGGCAGAGCGGGUUUGAUGCUGAGAACCCUUACAAUGAGCGGCUGCAGAGUUUGAGCCUGCUCGGGUCGCAUUUUGGGUUGAUUGAUAUCCCUCAGACGUUCGACUACAUUGUCGUCGGCGGCGGCACUGGUGGGCUGACUGUUGCGAAUCGACUGGCUGAGAACAACACGGUAGCUGUGAUAGAGGCUGGAGGGUUCUACGAAAUCCAAAACUCCAACCUCACAGAAGUACCAGCCAACUCAGUCUACUACCUCGGGAAGGCACCGUUAUGGAACAACCCCCUGAUCGACUGGUUCCAACAAACCACUCCUCAAGCCGGCCUCAACGAUGACAGCGUGCUCUUCUCCCAAGGCCACACCUUAGGUGGUGGUAGCGCUCGCAACUUCAUGUGGUACCAAAGGGGUGCCCGAACUGCCUACUCCCAAUGGGCGAACAUGACUGGCGACGACAGCUGGAGCUUCGACUCGUUCAACGAGUUCAUGAAGAAGCCAGUGCAGUUCACGCCGCCUGAGUCUUUGGACUCCGUUCCUCCUGGAUGUUCUUCCAGCCCAGCGAAGCAUGGAAAUGGCAAAGGACACGGGCCACCUGCCACUGCUCCUGGUCUUUCCAAAGCGCCUGGGCUUGCUAAGAAGAAGUCGACUUGCCAACAGACGCCGCUCUAUGACGAGAGCGACUACAACCAGAACGGCGGACCCCUGCAGGUCUCGUAUGCCCGGUUCCUGGAGCCGUCUAACGCUUACAUCGGUGCUGGGCUGUCGGAGUUGGGUCUCAAGCAGCUUCCUGGUAUGGUCGAUGGGAACCUUCUGGGCUGGAUGAAUUGCGCCGACACGAUCGAUCCUAUCACACAGACACGAUCCAGCUCAGAGACAUCAAUGCUCCGGGAUGCCAUCAAGAAGAAUUUCAACCUCCAGAUUUUCACGGAGACGCUGGCCAAGAAGAUUCUGUUCAACGACAACAAGCGUGCCUACGGCGUCGAGUUGGAAGUCUCAGGCAUCGGCAGCGGCAAGGUCAAUUUCAUGCUGAAUGCAACCAAGGAGGUCAUCGUUUCAGCCGGCGCUUUCCGCUCGCCUCAACUUCUUAUGGUUUCUGGCGUAGGACCGUCGCAGACCCUGUCCGACAACGGUAUUGAGGAAGUCUCCGCUCUGGAAGGCGUGGGGCAGGGAAUGAUGGACCACAUCUGGUCCGCCAUCACCCGCGAAGUCGACGUCGAGACCAUCGCCUACCUCGCGGACCCAGAUUACCUCGCCGCUCAGAACGCAGAGUACAUCGAGAGCCGCACCGGAAUGAACACCAACCCCGGCGGCACCAUCAUAUCCUUCGAAAGGCUUCCCGAAGGCAGCAUCAGCCAGUCCACUCGCGACGAUCUCGAUGCAGAAUUUGGUGGUGAUUGGCCCGAUGUUGAGUACUUCAACCAGGACGCUUACGCAAGCACGAACGACGACUACCUCCUUUCUGCCCCCGACUUCAAGAAUUACACGGCCAUGGCUGCAACCAUCAUCGCUCCCUUCAGCCGUGGAAACGUAACGAUCAACAGCAAAGACACUGCCGACCACCCGCUCGUAAACCCGAACUGGCUGACCGACCCCCGUGAUAUGGAAAUCCUCAUUGCAGCCUUCAAGCGGGUACGCCAGCUUUUCGAGACCAAGGCGAUGCAGCCGGCGCUCAUCGGCGGCGAGGUCUACCCUGGCGAGGAUGUACAGACGGAUGCACAGAUCGAGGCCAUCAUCCGGCGCAGCGCUGAUACGGUGUUUCAUCCGGCGUGUACGUGCAGAAUGGGACAGGAGAGCGACGACAUGGCCGUGCUGGAUUCUAAGGCGAGGGUUUUCGGCACGAAGGGCUUGCGAGUGGUGGAUGCGAGCUCGUUCCCGAAGCUCAUUCCGGGUCACCCGCAGGGUACUGUGUAUGGGCUUGCGGAGAAGAUUGCGUAUGAAAUCUUGAAUGGGGAUUAG